AUGGCGGCGCCGCUGCGGCUGGGUCGCGGCAUGGGUCCGGUUACUACCUGGGAGAGAUUGAAUCAGGUUCAAGAGGAGAUUGCAAAACUCACCAUUGAAAAAAAAAAAGUGAGCAGAGAAGUGUACAAUUUUACGCAAAGCCAUGAUGAUAGUACUUUACAGACGCUGCCUGUUUACAACGCCUUGGUGAAAGAGGGGAGGGAAAUCCGCCUUCGCCUCAAUGCGUUGCGCGAGCUGGAGAUUGAGUUGGAAGAAAAAUAUUAUCUGGAUGCCCUUAAGCUGCCUAACAGGAUUCACCCUGAUGUGCAAUUUGGAGAUGAGAAUGAACCACGGGUGAUGGAGAUCAUUGGAGAAAAACCAGAAUUUGAUUUCAAGGUAAAAGGACACCUAGAAAUUGGAGAAAAGCUGGAUAUUAUAAGGCAAAGGCGCUUAUCACAUAUUUCCGGUUUCCGAUCAUACUACCUCCGCGGGGCUGGUGCUCUGCUUGAGCAAGCUUUGGUCCAGUUCACUUUCUCCAAGCUGAUAAAAAAGGGUUUCAUUCCCAUGACGGUCCCAGAUUUGCUUAAAGGAGCUGUGUUUGAAGGCUGUGGCAUAUUACCUGAAGCCCAUUCCUCCCUGGUGUAUAGCAUAGACCCUUCCCGGUUUGAGGAUCUGAACUUGGCAGGAACAUCCGAAGUUGGAAUUGCAGGUUAUUUUGCAGACCAUGCUGUAGCUCUGAAAGAUAUGCCAAUCAGGAUAGUGUGUUCCAGCACCUGCUACCGAGCUGAAACUGAAACUGGCAAGGAACCGUGGGGGCUCUAUCGAGUGCACCAGUUCACCAAGGUGGAAAUGUUUGGGGUUACUGCCAACGAAACGGGUCUAGAGAGCAAUGCCUUGAUGGAGGAAUUUCUGGCCCUGCAGAAAGAGAUUUUCCUCGAGCUGGGCUUACACUACAAAGUUCUGGAUAUGCCCCCACACGAACUGGGCCUGUCUGCCUCCCGGAAAUUCGACAUUGAGGCCUGGAUGCCUGGCCGGAAGCAGUAUGGAGAGAUCUCCAGCCUCUCCAAUUGCACCGAUUUCCAGACCCGGCGGUUGAAUAUCAAGUACUACGACCAGAAUCAGCAGCUCAGUUUUGCACAUACUGUUAAUGGAACAGCCUGUGCAAUUCCCCGGAUGCUCAUUGCUAUUCUGGAGUCCAACCAACGCAAGGAUGGCAGCGUUGAGAUCCCAGCGGUCCUGCAGCCUCUGAUGGGCAUGGAGAUCAUCUACAAACCCCUCCACACCCCCUUGAAAUACAUUGGUCCCAACCAGGCCAAGAAAGACAAACAUCUCUAACCCCAGAAAAGCCCUGGAAAAACUAGAAUGACCCAGGACCCUCUAUCAGGUGCCGGACAUUGCUGCCCAAUGGGGCAGCCCCUCCUGAACAGAAAGAGCACUUCUACCACGGACUGGUGGUCAGAGAUGGCUCUGCCAGUGGCACGUCGUACCUGUUCACACGGUAAAAGUCACAAAUGAGGAAAGACAUUGGCUUGCUGCAGUUAUAUUUCUGAGUGCUACCCUUCUGGGUGGUAUCAGGACUUAGAGCAGACCAGCUUUCCCCCUUCUGGUGUCCUCCAGAUGUCUCCAUCAACCCCAGCUGGCAGAGCGUCUUUCCAGUGGAAGUGUCUGUUCAAGGAGCUGCCUGUUCUACACAGGAGGUGUGUCAGUUCUUGCUCGUUCCUCUCCGAAGGAUGGAGACCUCUUUCGGGGACUGGGAGGUCCCGGAGACGGGAGCAGGAGGUUUAUUUCAGCCUCCGGUUGCUGCUUCCUCAAUUCUGCACCCAUGUAAUUUUUUGUCCUCCGCUGUUUUUGUCCCUUGAAAUUCAUGGUCUUGUAAAUCUCAAACCACUGGGGGCUAGCUUGACCGGGAAUGAGUGGGGUAGAAAUAACGUAUGUAAAUAAAUAAACAAUUGGGGCGAUAUUUU